UUUAUUACACUGGUAGACACUGUAUUAUCUUGGUAAAACUUUAUUAUACUGGUAUAUAUACUGCAGUUUAGUGAGUUCAUCUGAUCUGUUUGUGUGAUUCACUUUAACCAGUUUAAACCCAGAAAUUCAGUCUGAACUUUGGUUGUUUUCUAUAAAACUAAAUAAUAGGAACAAGAAUAAAUGUUUGUCACACUCAAACAAAGAAGCUUUUCAAGUAAAGAAAGAGACAUAGAAAUAAACCAAUUCAAAUGUCAAUACAACAAAAUUAAAACGAUAAAAGUAAAAUUUAAUUUAAAGUAUUAAUUUCUAUCAUAAAUAUAAUGUUUUACACUACAUUCUGUGUUUCACUGUUUUAAUUAUUAAACUUAAUUAAAUGUACUAACAGGUUCCCUAGUGAAUCUGUGCUGAACACAUGCUCGAACACAUGUAAAUAAUGAGUUAAAUUAUUGUUUAAUUCUUAAAUGAAGUGGUUAAUUGCAUGUUUACAACCAUUUCAUUUAGCUGUUAAAUGGUUAAACUGUUUAACAUGUUUGUUAAUGGGUUUAAUGGUUUAACUCUACACUGAUUGUUAAUGGUUUAAUGUGUGUUCAGGUCUGUGAGGUUUAUCAGAGAGGUUUAAUAUGAAGAUUGGAUCAAAGUGAUAAACAACGACUGACGUCUGAAGACCUCGUUUUUUUACAUGUCACUUUAGGAAUUUCUGCUGUUGACAAAACCACAUAUUCCCUUAAUUCACUGUAGAAAAUAAAAGAAAUAAGAGUUUCUUUAUACAGAAAAUGAUUUUGUCCAAACCCCCCGAGAGUUCAUGUUAAAUCUCCAUUCUGUGUUUUCACUUUUUAAAUUAUAAGUUUUUAGUUCAAACACAAUAAAUAAUAAAUAUCUAAAGAAACAAAGUUCAUCAAAACAUCCAGUUUGGAUAAUUAACAUUUUUAUGAUCAAUAGGGACAAAAAUUAUUAUUUAACUAAAGUCAUAGUAAACUUUCUGUCCUAUAAAUGAAUGAAUUUAAUUUGUCUGAUAUGAUGGUGGUCGUCUUCUCUUUGUAUCUUUUAUAUUGUUUCUCAUAUUGUUAAUAUGAUCACACUUUCCAUCAGAUUGACUUCAGGCUGUGAUGAUUAAAGUCACGUCAGAACAUACACACACAUGAACUCUGGUUGAUCUCUGUCUAUACAUUUAAACAACAUGAAUACACAAAGUGAUCUGCGUGUUUUUACAGUGACCUGUAAUCAGAUUAACAUGUCUGAAAAUGCCUUCAGACAGAAGGAAAUGUGACGAUCUUAAUCCUAAAACUUUGGAAAAACCCUUGCAGCUAAAUCUUUGGAGUAAGUGGUUUAUGAGGAUAUAUAAAGAGGAUGAGGUCUUCAGGGUGGUAGAGAGCUCAGGGUCAUCAUGGGGAAACACUUCCACCUGUACGAGAACAUUUCGAAAGUGAGUCCCUUCGAGGGGCCCCAGUAUUAUCUGGCCCCUCUAUGGGCCUUUCACCUGCAAACCAUCUUUAUGGGCUUAGUCCUGUUCGCCGGAGCUCCUUUAAACUUUAUAGUUCUCUUCGUGACGCUUAAGUACAAGAAGCUCCGAGUCCCUCUCAACUACAUCCUCGUCAACAUCUCCUUUGCAGGACUCAUCUUCGUCGUCUUCUCUGUCAGCCAGGUGUUCAUCGCCACCAUGCAGGGUUACUACUUCCUGGGUCACACCCUGUGUGCCAUGGAGGCCGCCAUGGGGUCAAUAGCAGGUCUAGUGACGUCAUGGUCUUUGGCCGUCUUGUCUUUUGAGAGAUACCUGGUCAUCUGUAAACCGUUUGGAGCCUUUAAGUUCGGCAGUAAUCACGCUAUGGCUGCUGUCGCCUUCACCUGGUUCAUGGGGGUCAGCUGUGCCAUCCCACCUUUCUUUGGCUGGAGCAGGUACAUCCCUGAGGGUCUGGGCUGCUCCUGCGGACCGGACUGGUACACUCACAACGAGGAGUUUCACUGCACCAGCUACACACACUUUCUGAUGGUGACCUGUUUCAUCUCUCCGAUCUCCAUCAUCAUCUUCUCCUACUCCCAGUUACUGAGCGCCCUAAGAGCUGUUGCAGCCCAGCAGACAGAGUCAGCCUCCACACAGAAGGCGGAGAAGGAAGUUUCGAGAAUGAUCAUCGUGAUGGUGGGUUCCUUCGUCACCUGCUAUGGCCCGUAUGCUCUCGCUGCUCUUUACUAUGCCUACUCUCCAAACGAAAACAAAGAUUAUCGACUUGUCACCAUCCCAGCUUUUUUCUCCAAGAGCUCAUGUGUCUACAAUCCGCUCAUCUAUGCUUUCAUGAACAAACAGUUUAAUGCCUGCAUCAUGGAAACAGUCUUCGGAAAGAAAAUGGAUGAAUCAUCUGAAGUUUCUUCAAAAACAGAAACGUCUUCAGUUUCCACAGUUUCUUAAUAUUUGGAACAAAAUAACCCCGAGGACUUUUUUCUUUACAAAAACCCUUUUACAGGUUGGACUUAUGGAGGGAAAAUGUGCUAAAUAUUCUGAUUUAUGGCAAAACCAUGUGUAAAUACAACAAACUGUUCAGCUGCUGCUGAUGAUCUUUGUUUUAUAGUAGAACGU